GAAACUUCUCCAUUUAAAACAAUCAUUCGUUUACGAUUCCUUAUAAACAGCUAGUUUUUGGAUCCAACUUCAAUUAUUCUAUUCUUUUUUUCUUCUAUUUAUACUGAAGAUAAAGCAAGAGAAAGGAUCAAAUUAACACAAUGGAGAAGAGACUUUUCAGUAGUUUACUUCUCGUUGUGUUGUUUCUGGUAGGUGAGAGUCAUUGCAAGAAACAGGCAGAGCAACUUGGCCAUUUCUACAACGUUAAGUUGAAGGAGAAUUCUGGGAUUGAUACGAGUCUCUUUGCGGGAAUUCACCAUGUGAAGAGAGCUUCCAAAGUUCAUCCUCAAGAGGGUCUUAAAGAGAAAGAUAGAAUUGACAGAUUGCCUGGACAACCUCAGGUUAAGUUUUCUCAGUAUGGUGGUUAUGUUACUGUUGAUAAAUCUGCUGGUCGUGCUCUUUAUUAUUACUUUGCUGAAGCUCAGAAGUCUAAGGAGUCAUUUCCUCUUCUUCUUUGGCUCAAUGGAGGUCCUGGUUGCUCUUCUCUUGCCUAUGGAGCAAUGCAAGAACUUGGACCAUUUAGAGUCCACAGUGAUGGCAAAACACUGUACAAAAAUUUAUACUCAUGGAACAAUGCUGCAAAUGUUUUGUUUCUUGAGUCACCAGCUGGGGUAGGGUUUUCGUACUCUAAUACAACUUCAGAUUACAAUGAGAGUGGAGAUAGGAAAACAGCUGAAGAUAGUUAUGUGUUCUUGGUGAAUUGGCUGGAGAGAUUUCCUGAAUAUAAAGACAGAGAUUUUUAUAUAGCUGGUGAGAGCUAUGCCGGGCAUUAUGUACCUCAACUUGCACAUACUAUUCUCUCCCAUAACAAGAAGACAAACAUGACCAUCAUCAACCUCAAAGGAAUUAUGAUUGGGAAUGCUGUGAUCAAUGAUGAAACUGAUGUUAGAGGAAUGUAUGAGUACUUCAAAAAUCAUGCUCUAAUUUCGUAUGAAGUUGCAGAUCAAAUCCAAAAAUCCUGUGAUUUUUCAUCCAAUGCCUCAAAUCAAUCCGAUGACUGCGAUGCAGCCACUCAAGUUGUUAACCAGAACAUUUACUAUCUGGACAUAUACAACAUCUAUGCACCCUUAUGCGUUCAUUCCAAUCUUACUGCCCACCCCAAGAGGGCCUCAAUCAUGAAUUUCGAUCCAUGCAGCGAUUACUAUGUGUAUGCUUAUCUAAAUAGGCCCGAUGUUCAAGAAGCUAUGCAUGCAAACGUCACAAAACUUGGCCAUGACUGGGAGCCAUGCAGUGACAUCCUUCAAAAUUGGAAUGAUAGCCCUUCAACAGUUACUCCUCUUCUACAAGAGUUGAUGUCAAACGGGCUUCGAGUCUGGAUAUUCAGUGGUGACACAGAUGGAAGAGUGCCAGUUACUUCAACCCAGAUGUCUAUUAACACGAUGAACCUUCCUAUCAAAACUCCAUGGCAUGCUUGGUUUCAUGGUGGCGAGGUUGGUGGAUAUACACAAGUGUACAAGGGAGAUUUGACAUUUGCCACAGUGAGAGGAGCUGGGCAUCAGGUGCCAAGCUUCCAGCCCAAGAGAGCACUUUCACUCGUCUCCCACUUCCUUAAUGGCUCACCCCUUCCCAAUACUUCAAGAUACACUAAUUAAUUCAGCUUCAUUAUGAUUAUAUAUAGCUUCAUAUGUUUGAGCAUUUCCAUUGUUUUACCAGGACAGGAAAAGAAAGAAAAGCCUGAUUUAAAUAGGGGAUUAGGAUUUAGCAUAGUUGGUAAAUCUCUUAUUGGAAUUGGUAAUUUUAUCUCUUAAUUUGUUUCUUGUCAAUAAUUUCCAAGUAAUAACAAUAUAUUAAUGGCAUAUAUAUAUCUCAACCUUAUCAUAAUAACACAGUGUCCCAAAAGAUUCAUGCCAGUCAAACUUUUAGCAAAUAUGACAAACACUUGGCAACUUGGAGAUCACAUUUCAUCAUCCACCAAACCCCUGAAGAAAUCAUUCACGUGAAAGACUAGACAACCUGGGGUUGGUCCAAUUCCUGAUUUCCAGGGACCUUAAUGGGGGUUGUAAACUUGUAAUGUAUAAAAAAGUCUAUGGGGGUUGGCUUGUGCGGGGGUUGAGAUUGGUUUAGUAUAUAUAAACAUAUCAAGUAGAGCUAGGACAAUUGUGUUAAAAACAUCACCCACAAUGUUGCCCAGGAUCUUCUUUGGUUCCGUUUUUAGCAUCCUGGAGGGUUUUUACUACUUGAUGAUGAUCAUUCCCUUGUUCAUCAAUCAAGCCUUCCAUUAAAAGCCAUCAUGAAACUGGCCUCCUGCAUCUCUCACAAGCCGUCUUAUGCAGUUUCUGGCAGGUGUUGAACUUUUUUUCUUCUGAGACUUAGAGAAUUUUCUUGGGUACAGAACCAAUCUUUUUGUUCCACCCAUACUGUGAGUAUUAAUUCUGAAAUUGUGCAAUUAAUGGUCUUCAAUUUUUUAAGAGUGAUAGGAAAAUAGUCUCGGAUUGAGCAGGACAGAAAGAAACAACCAUUGAAGUCCAAAGACUCAAAAGAAGCCAGUUCCAUCAGGUGCAGCUGGAGAUCAAGGCCUGGACAUUUACUGAUCGUCAGUUGUUUAAGAGCAUUGCCGAAUGGCAUGCAUACCAGCAAGUAUGCCAAAAAAGAGUUGCCAUCGAUUUCCAAGCAUUCAAGACUCUCACAUGCUGGGACAUGCAGAUCAAGAUCCAGUGGACAAAUUAUGUGGGGCAAUAUGCAACGUUCAUAUUCUUCCUCUUCCAUGAUCGUAAGGAAUAUCAGAGUUUUUCGUCCUGCUGCAUGAAAAAAGAAAAAAUUCAGCGCUACAAAUAUACUACUUGCGUAUUAAAGAAUGCGACACUGAUUUUUCUUUCCCAAUUUGCUGAUUUAGCAUGUGCCACAGACCACAGUUAGGUGAGGUAUGUUGUAGACUUGUCCACAGUAUAUUGAAUAGAUUCUAUUCAACCUCAGUGACACAGGGGAGGAAUAUGAAUUCGAACAAUAGGAAUAAGAUGAACACAAACAGUGGGCAUUACCAAUAUCCUUGUAAAAGUCUGCAGUGAAAUAUGCUUUCCACCUACACCAAAAGAAUAAUUGUUCAGAAUGGCUGUAGAUAAGUAUGAUGACAUAACCAAUCUACCAAAAUUUCAUAUAAGAAGAAUAAACAACCUUGGCAAACAUGUAUCAUUCACCUCAGAAAACUACAUCAAUUUGGAAAUAAUUUUUUUAAAAUCCAACAAAUAUUUUGCGUGAAAGAAUAAAAAACCUUGGCGUGUCCAAUUUUGAUUUCCAGAUCUCAUGAAUGAUUUUAUCUCAAUUAAAAAUAUAAUUAUGGGGUCUGAUCAGCUUGUGCUCUUAUCUAAACAUCAACAAUUAGGUAGAAUUUACUGUGAUAUACCAACACUGAAAAUGUUGUCAAGAAUCAUUUUUGGUUCGAUGGUAAGCAUCCUGGUGGGCUUUUACUACUUGAUUGUGCUCAUUCCCUUGUUCAUCAUUGAAGCCUUUCAUUAAAAAUUUAAAACCAGAAGUUUAGCUUCUCUCUUAUCAUUUAUAUCUCUUCCUCCUUCUCUCACAAGAUGUACAUAUCAUGUCGUCUUACGCAGUUUCUGGCAGGAAUAUAACUUUUCUGAGACUUCAGAAUUUUCCUGGGAACAGAACAAACUGCAUGUUGUUUGAAUACUGGUAUAAAUAUUUGAGUGGUCGUUUAUCAUUCGUUUAGUGAACGGUGAAUCAGCGUGAUAUGGUUCCACAGGAAUCAAUUAACAAUCAGAUUCAGAAAACCAUGAAGAAGACAGAUGAAAAAGUUUCGAGCAGCACAAGUCCUUAUCAAGCUAGCAGGCGUGGAACCAGCAGCUGGCCCAAGUCCCUAUCAAGUUAGUAGCCAUGGACCAGCAGCUGGUCAACUUACCUAACAAUGAGUUGCCAAGCUACCAGCCCAAGAGAGCUCUUUCACUCGUCUCCCACUUCCUUAAUGGCUCAGCUCUUGCCAACACUUCAAGAUACACUUAAUUAAUUUACUUUCUUUAUGACACAUUAUAUAUAGCUUCAUAUUCUUUCAGCAUUUCCAUUGUUUUACCAGGAAAGAAAAGAAAAGCCUGGUUAAAAUAGAGAUUAGGAUUUAGCAUAGUUGAUAAAUUACUUAUUGGAAUUGGUGAUUUUAUUUCU